AAGAAAAUGGAAGAGACCAUUGCAAGGUUGAAGAAAGAAAGGCUAGAACUAGUUCAAGUUUUGUCUGAAAAGGAGAUAAAAUUUAAAAACAAGAUAACAAAAGCUGAAACAGAUGUGAAAAAUGAGAUUGUUAACACAAACACAGAAUUUAAGAAACUCAGGUCAGAACAUUUGACUUUGGUUGAAAAUUUGAAGGCUCUUAAUAUUGAUCUUGAACAGGCCCAGAAAUUAGGUCAAAACUGUGAACUUUUCAUUAAAUUGAAGUUCAUGAAACAACUUUGUGAAAAACUUCAUCGAAACAUUGAACAAAUUCAACAAGCCUACAUCCAGCACUACAAACUCAAAACCUCCAACAUUCAACCGACAGAACAAUCUAUAGAGAGUGAAACAAGAUUUUUCACAUUUAAAGAAGUGCAUGCAUCAACUGUAGAAAGAAGAGUUGUCUUUAAUUUUGAUAUCAACUCUCACAUUGACCUCAUAUCCUCUUUACUUGUCUUAUCUGAACAUACACUUCUAAUAUUAAAUUGGAAAGAGUGUAGCCUUGUCAUAUACAAACUAGAAAUGUCACAGGCAAAUUGCAUGGAUGACAUAAAAUUUGAAACAAGUCCAUCAUGUAUUGCAAAAGUUUCAGAUUACAAAGUUGCUGUAACAUUUCGGGAUAAAAGAAUGAUCAGAAUGAUAACAUUUUCAGAAGAUAUGAAAGUUUUAGAUAUCACUGAUAUACCAGUAAAUGGUACCUGCACUGGUGUUGCCUAUAGGAAUCCCUAUCUUGUAGUUUCAUAUUGGGAUCCAGCUGUUGUUAAGAUUCUAAGUAUGUCAGGUGAAGUAGUGAAAACAUUUGACAAAGAUGAUGAUGGUCAGAAGCUGUUUAUUAAACCUUGUUGCUUGAUUGUCAGCCCUGACAAUACUAUGAUAUAUGUUUCUGAUCACGACAAACACACUGUGACUUGUUUGAACUAUGAUGGUAAGGUGAAGGCUGUCUACAAGGAUGAUCAAUUGAGAACACCUCGUCAGCUUGCUGUUGAUGAAUACGGAUCAGUAUAUGUGUGUGGUUUACACUCUGUAAACAUCCAUCAAUUAUCAAGUGACCUCACUAGAGUGAAGAUCUUGGUAGAUAUAAGUCAUGGAUUAGAUCCACCCUGGAGUGUUGCAUACUGCCAAAAUACCAAAAGAUUGUUUGUGGGAAUGUCAAACAAAAUUAAAGUUUUCCAUGUGUUACUAGAAUAAACAAUAACAAAUAUUACAACUCAUUAUGACACAUCAACAAGCAGUCAUCCUACUGCACAUGUUGCAGUAGAAUAAGGGUCGUAAUCGUAAACACUUGACUUAACUAUAGCACAUAUAAUUUUAGUUAAUAAGAAUUAAUUUUAGCUUGAUUGUGAAGGAGUCUAUAAGGUAUUAUUCUUGAAUCUAUUCCUGAAACCAAACCAGUGAUAAGUAACAAAUCAUAAGUUUGUGCUAAAGGAAACAAAGGCUUGCCACUGACAGAGUUAAAACCCAUGAGGCCUACCAAUUCAACAUGAUAACCCCUUGCCCAAAUGGCAAUGUGGAAUCUUGAAAUUUCAUCAUAUUCAACAGAAGUAUAAUUUUACUGUUUGGUUUGUUUUGUUUGUUUAUUUGUUUGGGUUCAACAGCAACACUGACACACUACUGGUUACACCAUACCGUUUUUGUUAGGUGUAUUCUAUCAUGUUUGCUGCAUAUAUAAUGCAUACACUUUACUGUAUAAAGUGACAAUAAAUACUUAAAUAGUGAACAA